AUGACCGAAGUAACGGAAACUGUUCAUAAGAAUGGACCAUACUAUUUCGAUAGUAAGAUCAGACUAUCAGAGGGUAUCAGCUAUGCAGCUGAAUCCAAGGCGCUCUUCUGGAUUGAUAUCUACAAUGCCUACAUCCAUAGAGUGACUGAUAUUGACGAUAUUUCAACUCAUACUGUAUGGCAUGCAUCAGUUGAUAACUAUGAGGGCUUGUACCCAUUUACUACUGAUCUACCAGAACGUAUUGGAGCUAUUUUCCCAAUUGAUAGAGCAGAUGGUGUUGAAGAGGUUUAUUUCGGUGCUAAAUAUGGGAUUGCCAGAAUGAAUUACACCACUUUGAGAUGGCAAUACUUGGUUCACUAUAGUGACAGCGGAUUGCAGAAGGAUUGGACAGGUUUACGAUCCAACGAUGGGAACGUCUCUCCAGAUGGAGAAAUAUUCAUCGGUAUUAUGAACGAUUUCCAUUGUACUGUUGAUUCAGAGGACCCAAAGGGCGCACUACUAAAAGUGAACCUCCGUGAAAACAUAUGUGAGUUGGUAAUAGAUAAAUUGAUGAUUCCCAAUGCAAUCAAUUGGAGCCAGGAUGGUACAACGGUAUAUUUCACUGAUUCUCUAAACUUCUCGAUUUACAAGUAUCCGUACCAAGACAAAAAUCUCAUCGUGGAGGACAAGGCAUUAUUCAUUGAUAUUAAGAAGUUCAAUUCCCAAUUCGAUUCACCUGAACCUGACGGCAGUUUCAUCGAUCCCGAUACGCACAAUAUCAUCACAGCGGUAUGGUCUACGAGUACGGUGCAAAGGUACGAUACCAAAGGAGAUCUAAUCCACAAAUGGACGUUCCCAGAGACCAAUCGAAUCUCUGCAUGUACCUUGGCCCAAGGUCACAUGUUUGUUACCACAGCAAACGAAAUCAUUGAAGAUAACGCAAGUCCAGAGGGCCUUGGUGGAUCCAUCUUUAAAGUAGAGAAUGUCUCGACUUAUAUGGGGUCCUCAAAGAGGAACCCGAUUACGGCAGAGCAUUAG